AAAACCGUAAAAACUUAAAUGGCGAAUUACAAAAUUUUCUGAAAACCCAAUUGAUUUCAUCUUUUGAAAACAAACAAAGUUGUUUAUAAGCAUGGAAAUAACUCGCACUACCCUUGGGAUCGCAGCGGGUAUAGCUGGAACUUUGUUCCUGGGUUAUUGUGUGUAUUUCGAUCAACAGCGUAGGAAGGACCCUCUUUUUAAGAAGAAGCUGCGAGAACGUCGACAGAAUGCUGUCAAGAACUCAUCACGAUCGAGCACACUUGGAGGACCCUUACCAGAUAUGAAUGAUCAUGAGGCCAUGCAGAGAUUCUUCUUGCAGCAGAUACAACUCGGGGAAGAGCUUCUAGCAGCUGGAAAUUUGGAAGCUGGUGUGGAGCAUCUUGGACAGGCAGUGGCUGUUUGUGGACAGACACAACAAUUGCUUGGUGUUCUGCAACAGACUAUGCCAGCACCAAUUUUCCACCUCCUACUCAAGAAAUUACCUGAAGUGUCUGAACGCCUUCGUGCCUCUAUGAAAGCUAGUGGCAAUGUGUUGCAGGAGGAGGAUGUUGAAUAAAUUAUUAUAAUAGAUUCAGAAUUUGCACUAAUUAACCAUUAUCACUGCGAUGUUGGCAACUUUGAUUAUAUUUUUAUCAUGGCAACAUAGAUGUUCUUUGCAUUGAUUUUAUAUAACACUGAUUUUACUGUUUUUUUUUCUUAUUUUAAAUAUUUAACACAGACAGGUAAUUACAUAUUGAAAUAUUAUAGGUUAAUUUAAAAUCUCAUUCAGUUUAGUAUCUUAUUUAUGCUCAAUCUAUCAAUGAUUUAUAAGAAUCGACUAAAGUUUGUUUCGAGAGGCUUUCUAUUCUUAUUAAUGUUCUACCUAUGUCUUCAAAUUAAAUCCUUUGUGAAUAAGCAGUAUGUUCAUUUCCUAUAACACUGAAAUCUAAAGACAGUCGAAGUUGUUGGAUGUAAAAUUUUGGAAUAGUUCACGUUGGCUGUGAUGAUAAUUAAUAUGCUUGAAUAAAGAAAAGUCGGCCACACAGAAAUGCUUGCAAAGAAAAAAAUCGCGUGUUCGAUAAUUAUAAUGUAGUAGUAACGUAUUUGUUAGUGUUAUUUUUAGGAUUUGUUUUGUGUUUCCAACUGGUUAAGAAUGCUUGUGAGUUUUGAUCGAGAUUUUAUUGUGAAAUAAAGGUAUUGUACAAAUU